AUGGCUCGAUCACAAACAAACAAGAGACGCCGCUGGCUGCUGGGACCCUUUCUGUUCCUACUGGGAUUGGGUAUGGGCUUUGCGCUGCCCUAUGGUUGGCAGCUGGACCGCCUAUUGACCCAACGACUGGCGUUGAUCGAGUCGACCCCGACCAAACGCCUGUUCGGGCGUCCGCUGACGCUGAUCAAUGCCGGCUCGCUAUCGAAUGAACAGCUCCUGUUCGAACUCAAGGCGGCUGGGUAUCAGGCCCAGAGCGGAUCGCGGCCCGGCACUUAUCAACGGACUGGCGAUCGGAUCACUAUCCGGACCCGUGGCGAUUCCCGCGCCGCUGGCGGUCAUUUCAGCUUUCGACUGAGAAACGGCAUUGUGGCUGAUCUUCAAGAUGGCACCGGUCAGCAGUUGGCGCGGGCCGAGCUUGACCCGCCGGCAUUGGGCAGGCGUUAUUCGGCAGGCACUACCGAACGCGAUGUCGUGGCCCUGACCGAACUUCCACCGCUAUUGCUUGGCGGCAUUCAGGCGGUAGAGGACCGUCGGUUCAAGCAACAUCGUGGGGUGGAUUUUACCGGCAUCGCCCGCGCAGGCUGGUCCAAUCUAGCGGCAGGAGAGGUUGUCCAAGGCGGUAGUACGCUGACGCAGCAGUUUGUUAAGCACUUGUUCUUUGACGGCAAACGCAGGUGGACCAGAAAACUGCACGAGAUCGCCAUGGCAUUGCUGCUGGAAUGGCGCAACGACAAACGGAUCAUUUUGCUCGGCUACGUCAAUGGGGUCUUUCUUGGUCAGCAGGGGAACGUGGCAAUUCAUGGCUUCGCUGCCGCAUCACGCCAUUACUUUGGGUUGCCGCCGCAACGUUUGCUCCCGCAUCAAAUUGCGCUACUGGUUGGUGCGCUUAAGGGGCCGUCGUAUUACAACCCGUGGCGCAGCCCACAGAGAGCGAUAGCUCGUCGGAAUACUGUCUUGCGGGUGUUUUACGAAACCGGAUUACUAUCGCACACGCAGUGGGUAGAGCACUCGGCACGUCCGUUGGAUGUUCUGCCCAGUCCUUUGUCAGCUCGCCAUCGACACCCGGCCUUCCUGGACCUUGUGAACCAUCAGGUCGCCCGGGGGGGAGCGGCGGGCGAUCAACUGAUGGUGUACACCACGCUCAGCAGCUUUCAUCAACAGCGAGCAGAACAAGCAAUCGUGGAAGCACUGCAAGGUAUCGAAACGCGUCAAGAACUGCCUAAGGGACAGCUACAGGCUGCGCUUGUGUUGCUCGAGCGCGCCAGCGGAGAAGUGCUGGCUGCGGUUGGUUCCAGAAGUUCUUCUGUUGAAGGCUUUAACCGGGUCCUCAAUGCGCGUCGGCCGGUGGGUUCAAUCGUCAAGCCAUUGGUUUUUCGCACCGCGCUGCGUGACGGCUACAGCCUGGCGAGCAUUGUGCAUGAUGAGCCAUUGCAGCUGGCGUUAGAGAACGGCGACAGUUGGUCACCCAAAAACUUCAGUCAGCGCAGCCACGGAUCGGUAACGCUGAUCGAGGCGCUGACCCGGUCGUACAAUCAGGCUACGGUCUAUCUCGGUCUGGAGCUCGGAGUACCGCACGUGCUCGAGGGGAUAACUCAGUUGGGUUGGCAGGGUAACGUUAAGGCCAACCCAUCACUGCUAUUGGGUGCUAUCGAAAUGACCCCGCUGGAGGUAGCGCAGCUGUACUUGUCGCUGGCCGGGGAGGGCAGGGCCCGGCCGGUCAGCGCGGUCAGAGAGGUACGCGAAGGUGAUCAGACAAGAUAUCGAUCACCGCGGGUCGCCAACGAGCAACUCAGUCCGCUCAACUAUCUGCUAACCUUCGCGUUGCGCCGCGCAGUGGUGGAGGGAACGGGUCGGAGUCUGACAACAAUGCUCACCGAUGGCGCCGGCUUGGCUGGUAAGACCGGCACUAGCAAUGAUUUGCGCGACAGCUGGUUUGUCGGUUUUAGUGAAGACCUGCUGGCGGUUGUGUGGGUCGGACGAGACGACAAUCGACCGGCUGGUGUGACCGGCGCGAGCGGUGCGUUACAGGUAUUCGGUCAGCUAUUUGGUUCGAUUCAGUGGCAACCAUUGACCGACGCAGUGCCGACCGAGAUUGAAUUUGCCUGGAUCGAGUCGGCCAGUGGCAAACUGGCUGCGAGCCACUGCCCAGGGGUCGACUAUCUGCCGUUUGUUGUUGGCAGCGUUCCGCUCGACCGAGCCGACUGUAUCGCCGAUUCGUCUGAUCGAUUCGGCCCCAAUCAACGGCGUAAGAGGCGCUGGUGGAAAUUCUGGAGAUAA